GGUGUUGCCCACGCCACUGGAAAUGCUGGGGUGUCCAGCGAAGUUAUUUUUGGAUCAGUGACAGCGUGUCAAUGGCUGCAGAUGCGUCGCAAAGGAAGGCUCUGAGAUACCAACAGACCCUGCUGUACGGUGAGUACAGGGAGCAGCUGGGAAAUUUUGCCCGACGAGAGGCUGCCCGUUUGCUGACAGAGAGACAAUGGAGGAGACAAGCAGGGGAAAACACAAGCAGCGCUCGCAAAGGCUUUGGCCGGCGGCAUCAUCAUCAUCAUCAUCACCACCCUGUGACCUUGGAGUCGCAUCACAGCCACGCCUCCUCUACCCAGAAGCCUCGACCCUACUCCAAAUGCCAAGAUUGUUUGGCUCGUGUGCGACGGUACAUUGUGACCAAGAUGGGGGAGGACUGGAUUUUCCUGGUCCUUCUGGGACUGACAAUGGCUCUGGUCAGCUGGAGUAUGGACUAUGCCAGUGCUAAGAGCCUGCAAGCCUAUAAAUGGAUGCACGGGGAGCUUAAGGGCAAUGUGGCGCUCCAGUACCUCGCUUGGGUUACCUAUCCUAUGAUCCUUGUCAUGUUUGCAUCACUUUUCUGUCAUCUGGUUUCCCCACAGGCCAUUGGUUCUGGUAUUCCUGAGCUGAAAACCAUUCUGAGAGGAGUAGUGUUGAAGGAAUAUCUGACCCUAAAAGCCUUCAUUGCUAAAGUCAUUGGGCUGACUGCUGGCCUGGGCAGUGGGAUGCCAGUGGGCAAAGAAGGUCCAUUUGUCCACAUCGCCAGUAUCUGUGCCGCAGUGCUCAGCCGAUUUAUGUCCAUCUUCUCUGGAGUCUAUGAGAACCCUUAUGGUUACACAGAUAUUCUGACUGUUGGCUGUGCCGUGGGGGUGGGAUGCUGUUUCGGCACUCCACUUGGAGGAGUGUUGUUCAGUAUUGAGGUCACGUCUACCUACUUUGCGGUGAGGAAUUACUGGCGGGGAUAUUUUGCUGCCACGUUCAGCGCCUUCAUAUUCAGGGUGCUCUCUGUUUGGAACAAGGAUGCUGUUACCAUCACGGCUCUCUUCAAAACAAACUUCCGCAUGGAUUUCCCCUUUGACCUGCAGGAGCUGCCUGCAUUUGCAAUAAUUGGGAUCUCGUGCGGUUUCCUGGGGGCAUUCUUCGUCUACCUGAACAGACAGGUGGUCCUUUUCAUGAGAAGACCAACAGCUCUCACACGCUUCCUAACCAAACAUCGAUUGAUCUACCCAGGUGCAGUGACGCUGAUCAUUGCUACCUUCACCUUCCCUCCUGGAUUCGGACAGUUUAUGGCUGGAGAGCUGAUGCCCAGGGAGUGUAUCAACUCUCUGUUUGAUAAUUUCACCUGGACCAAAAUCUCAGGAUCCCCUCUCCCUCCCGGCCUGGGUCGCUCUUCUGCAUGGCUCCAUCCUCACGUCAGUGUCUUCGUCAUCCUCGUCCUCUUCUGUAUCAUGAAGUUCUGGAUGUCAGCAGUUUCCACCACAAUGCCCAUCCCCUCUGGCGCCUUUAUGCCAGUGUUCAUAUUAGGAGCUGCUUUUGGUCGCCUCGUGGGGGAGAUCAUGGCCACUCUUUUUCCAAAUGGAAUCCUGUUUGAUGGGAUUGUUUACCGCAUUCUGCCAGGAGGUUAUGCUGUUAUCGGUGCAGCGGCAAUGACAGGAGCCGUCACACAUACAGUUUCCACAGCCGUCAUCUGCUUCGAGCUGACAGGUCAGAUCUCCCACAUCCUUCCUAUGAUGGUGGCUGUCAUCCUGGCAAACAUGGUGGCCCAGGGUCUGCAGCCAUCUCUUUAUGACUCCAUCAUCCAGGUGAAGAAGCUGCCCUACCUGCCUGAGCUGGCCCUCGGGCACAUCAGCAAAUACAACAUCUUUGUGGAGGACAUCAUGGUGCGCAAAGUCAAGUUCCUGUCUUCUCAAUCUACCUUUCGGGAACUGAACUAUCUGUUGGAGAACUCAACUCUUAAAACCAUUCCUCUGGUCGACUCUAAAGAAUCCAUGAUUCUCUUGGGCUCCAUUGAGAGGACCGAGCUUCAAGCUGUCUUCGACUGGUGGCUUUCUCCAGAGAGGCGAGUGUUUGAACGGGGUCAGAGCUCUCCAGGACAGGGCACCAAAGUCAGCUGGGAGUCCUUCACCUUUGUAGAUGAGGAGGGAGCUGAGGAGGGCGGAGACAAGACUGCUCCAGUACAGGAGGAAUGUAACGGCCCUGUGCCGUCCCCUAAACCUCAGGAGCCCACCACCAACCACACCAGCUUAGACAAGCGUAAGCUGCCGUCAGUCAGGAGGACACUUCAGCGACUUUUCUCCUCCACGUCUUCCUCUGGACAGGCUGAAACUCAGGGGACUACAGCCCCUCCCCUUACUGACACCAUGACCCCUGAAGAGAUCAAAGCCUGGGAAGAAGAAGAGCUCGAUAAACCAAUCGAUAUGGAGCAGAUUCGUAUAGACCCCUCUCCGUUUCAGCUGGUGGAACGAACAUCUCUUCACAAGACACACACCCUGUUCUCUCUGCUGGGUCUCAGUCACGCCUACGUCACCAGUAUUGGAAAGCUGGUGGGUGUUGUGGCGCUGAAGGAGUUACAGAAAGCCAUAGAGGGCUCCACCCGCAGCGGGGUGAGGCUUCGUCCCCCUCUGGCCAGCUUCAGAGAUGCCAGCAGGAAAGCCAAAAAGCACCAGCCUCCCUCUUCCACCCCUUCCUCCCCCACUCGGGACAGAGACCUGUGGGGGGAGGGGAGCCAGAGAGAUGAGUCCAAGGAGGAUUUCCGAGGGACAUCGCUGACUUCCAGAGGAGGUCCCGGGGUUGAUGCCGCUCCCUCCACCCCCAGCAACGUAGAGGGCAGCUCGCCCAUACCGAGAGGAGCCGAGGCUGCUUCAGAGGAGCCGGCGGCCCCCUCCACCUCCUCCCCUACCUCACUUUCACCUCCUGCCUCCCCUGUUUCACCCACCAGCCCUGUGCUUACGCUUUCUUCGCUGCAGGAAGAGAGAGAGAGCGAGGAGUCAGAUGAGCCCAUCUAGAGAGAGAGGACUUUUAUCUUCUUUUAAUUUCUCUCAUUUUUCUCCCGGAGACAGAGCUGCAGCCUGGGUGGAGUUGUCCGGCCCACCCACAGACUCUUUGCAGGAUGAGAUGGUGCACACAAAACUCCUGAAACUUGUAGAACUGGAUCAUUUUUCUACUCUCACAACAAUCACUUUUCACUUUCCGAAUCUCAGGUGCCUUCCUGUGUCUUUGAACUGCAGACUGACGGACAUGUUCAGUCAACACAUCUCAAAAUGCUGAAUGUAGCAGUCCAUCAUAUAUCAAUGUCUGUUUAUUUAUGUGCCUUUGAUCGAAAAUUAACUGACAGCAAUGAAAUGUAUGAUAUUUAAACAUGUAAUAAUGAAGACUUAAUUAAUGUGACGGAGGUCACACUGAUCAUGCAUUUUAAGUUUACUAAUUGAAGUUAAUUCUAAAUGAUGACGUACAUUUAUCCUAUAUUUGUCGUAUGGUAAAUAUUCAAAUUGUUA